UUGUUCUCUACACAUCUCCCUCUCUGCACAGACUUAGGCCAGGACGGGGAGAGGCACACACACACUCUCCUUCACACACCAUUUCCAAGCGCAGGACCUACCUCCUCCUAGAACACCCAGCGUAGGGGAACCCGGAGUCCCCUAACCCACACUUCAGAGUCCGAGUCCAUCAUGGAGCUGUUUGAGACCAACCCUUACUUCUUUCCUGACCAGCGCUUCUACGAGGGGGGGGACAGCUACUUCCCCUCCCGUCUGCCUGGGGGGUACGACCAGGGGGGCUACCAGGAGAGGGGCUCCAUGAUGGGGCUGUGUGGGGGUUUGUCUGGAGGCGUCGGGGUAGGGGCCGCGGGUAUGGAGGACAAGGCCUCUCCCUCCAGCCUCUCCCCCAACUCAGAACCCCACUGCCCGGGGCAGUGUCUUCCCUGGGCCUGCAAGCUUUGCAAGCGCAAGACGGUGACCAUGGACCGUCGGAAAGCGGCCACGCUGAGGGAGAAGCGCCGCCUGAAGAAGGUGAACGAGGCCUUCGAGGCCCUGAAGAGGAGCACGCUCAUGAACCCCAACCAGCGGCUGCCCAAGGUGGAGAUCCUGCGCAGCGCCAUUCAGUACAUCGAGAGGCUGCAGGCGCUGGUCUCCUCGCUCAACCAGCAGGACAGCGAGAGCGGACAGCAGGGCGUCCAUUACCGGCCAGCGGGACCCCAGCCCAGAGUGUCGUCGUCAAGCGAGCAGAGAUCAGGCAGCACCUGCUGUAGCAGCCCAGAGUGGAGCAGCGCCUCGGACCAGUGUACGCACAACUACAGCAACGAGGACCUUCUGAGCGCCGACUCUCCAGACCAGACCAACCUGCGCUCCCUGACCUCCAUCGUGGACAGCAUCACAGCCGCUGAGGGACCUGUGGUGUACCCAGUACCGGUGGACAUUCCCAAGUAAAGCACCCCAGCGUGAGCGCCAGAGUCAGACACACAGAGGCUAACACACCGGGGCUGAGAGAGAAGGACAUUCAUCCAGUAUUGACAUUUUUAGAUCAUUGUCAUGAAGUCAUGAUUCUUUAUCAAAUCACCAUUCAUGUGAAUCCUACCAUAGAAUAACAUGACACCAAUCUGAAAAAUAGACUUUGUGUUUUAUGAUCUCUAGUGAUCAUCUGGGCACCAAAACGUAUAGAACCAACCUCAGUCCUCUUCUUCUUCUUCUCCACCCUGAGAUCUUGUUCCCUUCUGAGGUGCCCUUCUGAGGUGCCCUUCUCCUCUCCUCUACUCCAAUCUGAUGUCUCUCUCUCCGCUCCUCUACCCUAAGGCCUUGUUCCCUUCCAAGGUUCCCCUCUCCUCCUCUCCUCCUCUCCUCCUCUCCUCCUCUCCUUCCUCUUGAACUCUGUGGUCCACACCUCCCCCACAGCUCCAGGACCAGACUCUACCAUGAGAACCCACUGACUCCUGCAUGACUUUCACCAAAGAUCUACUUCCAGUGGGGAUCUCCCUUAGGCUUCUGCCUGGAGUCAUUCUGAGGUGGAGAGAAAGCCUAGUUUUUCUGUCCUAACUUAAAGAAAUCCAAUCUUUCGAAACCUAGAUCCCUGAUCUAUCUUGCAUUCUGUUUGUGUGUGUUUUAUGCUUAAAAACAUGAGUUUAUUUGUGGGGCCAAUCAUGUACCAUGGCAGUUUUGACCAAGAUCUGCUUAAUUUAAACUGGUUAUGAAUGCUAGUGAUGUAUAUACGUUCCGUUUUUCUACAGAGUGGUUUUGCUAUUUUAUUUUCUAUUUUUUGCUAACUUAUUUUUGACUUUUAUAACGAAGAUUGUUGUGUAUUUGUAGAUUUUGCAAGAAGUGAUAUUCUGACCAGUCCUUGCAUUAAAGACCAUUUUCAAUA